UGUGGUCCGGCAGUGCAGCACGCCACUCAGUGUUGUUUUGAACCCGCGUAACUUUAUUGUUCGCGCACAGUGGUGAAGAGGAUGGCGGAGAGCCGGUUGGUGGAGAGCCGGUUGGUGGCUCUCCCUCUGUCCCGGAUCCGGGUCAUCAUGAAGAGUUCGCCCGAUGUGUCCUGCAUCAACCCGGAUGCCCUCAUCCUCACCGCCAAGGCCACGGAGCUGUUUGUGACAUAUCUGGCGUCCUAUUCCUAUAAACACGGCACGGGUAAAGAAGACAACACAUUGGCCUACGAUGACUUGUCCAACACGGCGGAGAAUAGUGAGAUCUUCGGAUUUCUGUCCGACAUAUUGCCAAAGAAAAUCCUUGCCAGCGAUUAUUUGAAGCUGUUGUCAAAAGAAGAGAAGGAUGGUACCCUGGACGAGGCGGAGGAGGAGGAAGAGGAAGAAGAGGAGGAGGAGGAUGAUGAUGAGGAGGGAGAUGAGGAAGAGCAGGGAGAGGAAGAGGAUGAAGCUAGCGUUGACUCUGAUGACGAGGCGGAUGAAGACUAUGAGCAGGAUGAUGAUGACGACGAAGAAGAUGAUUAAUGUGACACCUCUCUGCGUCAUG